CGUCUCUCCCUCCGUUGCUAGCACGGUUAGCACUAGCACGUUAGCCCUCCAGCAGCUGUCGGUGGCAGUCAGUCAGUCCGAGCGGUGGUGCAUUUGUAAUCCUCCUCCCUCCCGUACGAAAAAACCGUGGACGGCUGGGUUGUUUCUUCGGGAGCCAGCUGCUUCACCUCUCCGGGCCACCUGCGGUAAAACAUUGUUGUCCUCGCCGUCACGACAGGAAGAAGCUCUGGGACAUGGCCAGACCAGAACAAGUACUGGUGCUAGAGCCACAACACGAACUGAAAUUCAGAGGCCCGUUCACAGAUGUCGUCACUGCCACUCUGAAGCUCACCAACCCCACAGAGAGAAAUGUGUGUUUCAAAGUCAAGACAACCGCUCCUCGUAGAUACUGUGUGCGCCCAAACAGUGGCAUCAUUGACGCUGGAUCCUCCAUCAAUGUUUCUGUUAUGCUACAGCCUUUUGACUAUGACCCCAAUGAAAAGAGUAAACACAAAUUCAUGGUGCAGUCUAUGCUUGCUCCAUAUGACAUGACUGACAUGGAAGGAGUGUGGAAGGAGGCAAAGCCUGAAGAGCUGAUGGAUUCAAAGUUGAGAUGUACAUUUGAGAUGCCUCUAGAAAAUGACAAAACUCAUGAGAGUGAAAGCAACAAAACUGUGUCUUCCUCUACCUCCUCUGUUAAGACUGAGCACUCUGCGCUGCCCAAGUCAGCCAGCGCCUCACUGGAUGACGGAGAGGUGAAGAAGAUCAUGGAGGAGUGCAAGCGGCUGCAGAUGGAGGUGCAGAGGCUACGGGAAGAAAACAAACAGAUCAGGGAGGAUGAUGGGCUGCGGAAGAGGAAGGUGACGUCAAUGGCCACUCCUCACUCCGCCAUGGCGACCUCGGUUGUGAGGGACGAAGGCCUAAGCACCCGCGUCCUGGCAUUCUGCGUGCUGUUCUUUGUCAUUGGAGUCAUCAUUGGCAAGCUGGUCCUGUAGAGACACAGACGGACAGAGCACAGUGACGGACGGGCGGAUGGACGGACGGGCGGGCGGCAUGCUCGGGAGGACACGUGUCAAUGAUGGCAACAGGGCUGUCUUCUGGGUUUAUGUUGAUUUCUCUCGGUUUUUUUUUUUUCCUUUCUUUUUUUUUUUAACAUUUAAGGCAAUAUCACGAUGGUUUGUCUGGAUUGAAAAUAAUUUAAUGUGUAAAAAGAAAACAAAGGAAGGCAACCCAAGUUAAACCAUGAGUGCGAGCGUGUUUGUCACAGGUCUUGCCUUUUUCUUUUUUUGUGAAACGAUCACCACCUCUGAUCUGUUCUUUCCGUCCAUCCCUCCUUCCUUAAUGAUCCUCCCCAACUUGCACAGGUCAAAGUUAGUGGGGUGUGAAAGUGGCUUCACGCUGGCUGAAUGUCUCAUGAUUCUUCAUUUAUUCUUAAGUCUUCAAGUUCCUCACCCACAUUGUCGAUAAGAAUGAUCUAACACUCCUUUUCUGAUAAUCUCUUUUCCACUUGUUACUGAUAAUCUGCAAGGAGAGGUGAACACAAGUGAUCAGUCAAAGACGUUUUGUUUCCCUAGACUCAUACUCUGUGUAUUGUCUUCUGAACAGUAUGUGGUAAAAAUGUGAGCCAGUAGAAGCCAUGCGUGUGUGUCUUGUUGAUUUUGCCUCCUGCAGGAGGGCUGAUGUGACUGUGUGUGGAUGCUUUUAUGUGAGGAGACCACAAACGGUGAAAACACAGGCUGUUUUAGAACGAAGGAAGAGGGUUGGUGUAAAAAAGAAAAAAGUAAUCUGAACAGAUUUCCUGUACACAACAGAAAAAUGGGGGGUUUGAUUUAACAGUUUCAGUGAUCCAGAGAAUCUGUAGGAAUUCAAUAAAUCCAUUUUUGGCCCAGUUGUAAAAUUUUGACUGUAAAAUCAAGCUUAUGAUUAAGAAUUUAUACUGCACAGUGAUCUAGUUCAAAAACAAAACUGUUAUCUAGUUCAAGGCAUCAGAUUUUCCCAGUUAACACUUUCUUGAUAAUUACGUUCUCAGGUUGCAGGAGAGAAAGAGUGGCACUACACAGAAAAAAGGCCCCUUAAACCAGUGAACUUGUCAUGCAAAACCAACUCAGACAUUUUCAAUGUAUAACAUACAGUAUGUAACAAUAGUUUUGGCCGCCUUGUUUAAUUUUGCCCCUGGAGUAUUGUAUUUGCGUCCUCUAGUGUAUUACAGCAGUUGUUUGCUUUUUUUCUCCUUAUAUUACCAUGUAGCCACGAUGCUUCUGUUGUUUAAUAUAUACAAAUGCACUAUAUUCAAGUGUCCACUCUGCAGUCUGCAUGAAAUGACCUGGGUUUAUUAUGAUUAUUAUUAUUUCUUUGAGUGUUGAAGUUAUAUUAGCAAAACAAAAAAAAAUUACUGUCUUUACAAAAGGGACCAUCUUCCGUCUGGUUAAUCAGUUUGUGUGUUUUGUUUCCUUUAAAAUCAUCUUUUUGUUUUGUUUUUCCUGUUGGGCUCUGGUGGUUGUGAGAUAACUGAGAUAACACAGCUGUAUUAUCUCAGGUUAUCACGUGACCAUCUCAGCAAACUUGGUUUAAAAAAAAAACAGAAGAAAAAAAAGUAGAAAUAUCUGUAUUUUUCGUUGCCUGAGGGAGCUUGGGGAGCAGAGACGUGGGGAUGUGGGCGGCUGGGAGGAGGACUGACCUGUGAAUACACACUACAUUAAAGAAAACAACAAAAAAACGCAUCAACGCUUCAGACCACACAUGCAGAGACACAGUCACACAACAAUGUAAUCACAGUAAUUGGAUACUCUUUUGUAUGUACAUAAAAAUAAAAAGACUUAAAAAGAUAACUGGCAAAGUUAUUAACAUACUGUAGUAAAGGAAGAAAAUAAUUAAACAACCACCAUGGAUCAUGUAGCAUCAUAAUGAAUUAAAAUACAUAAACCCCCAA